ACCCAUCCAACCAGUGACCCGUCGGAUCUACACGGGUAAACCAAAGUAAACCAGAAAAUCCCAAAAAUGAAACGCGAUUUGUAAUCGUUUCUCGAAUCUGUUUAUAUUUUCCGAUUUCUCAUUUCCUUUAAACAUUUUUUCGAGCCAUUUUUUCAUUCUCUCGGUCUCGAAACUCUUCAGUUUCUCUCUAUCUCUCGCGAAACUCAAGAGAAGAAGCAGAUCUCUCAUCUCAUCGAGGCAUCUCGAUCUCGGUUUCGCCAAACAAGGAGAAGAGGAACUGAAAAUGGUGAAGACGAAAUGGACGAGGAAGAAGAAGAAAACGAAACCAUUGAAGGAUAUAACAUCUCCAUUGAAAGAUAUUGAGAUUCCGAAAGAGAUUGAGAAAGAGAAGAAGAACGAUGUGAAUCUCGUUGAAGAUAAAGAAAAAGAGGCGAACCCUGUUGAAGAUAAAGAUUCUGAGAUGGAGACGAACACUAAUGAAGAGAACGAGACCGAAGAGAGAGUUGAUGAUGAAGAGGCGAACAAGGUUCAAAGUGAUGUAGAGGAAGAAGAUGAACAGAGGUCAGAGGAGGAAGAGAGGUCAGAGGAAGAACAGGAACAUAGGUCAGAGGAGGAAGAGAGGUCAGAAGAGGAAGAGAGGUCAGAGGAAGGAGAGGAAGAGAGGUCAGAGGAGGAACAGAGGUCAGAGGAGGAACAGAGGUCAGAGGAGGAAGAGCGGUCAGAGGAAGAAGAGGAAAGAGAGGAAAGAGAGGAAGGAGAGGAAGAGAGGUCAGAAGAAGAGGCGAACUUGGAUGAGAGCAAUGAUGGAAGAAGAGAAGGACGUAGGGAAGAAGGAAGUAGGGAAGAAGAAAUUUACAAUGUAGACAAUGAAUUCGUCGAAGAGGAGCCGGUCGCGAUAAAACCGUUAGGCAUGUACUUCCCACCUUCUGAGUAUAGGAAGAAGAUCAAGAUAUCGACGAGGUGUUUUAUUGCUGAUGUAUUAAAAACCCUAGGCGAAUUAAAGCCUCCGAUGACUCCGGUAGAGAAGAGUUGGUUUGAGACUCAUCCGCAGUUCAAACACAUAUUCCACAUGCCACAGGCUGGAAACCACAAGGUAAUGGGGAUGUGGAUGCUCCUUCUCCGAACCGUACGCAUAGUAAAAGAAAAGGAGGCUUGGUUUGCGGUGAAUGGUUGUCCAAUCCGCUACGGUAUUAGAGAACAUGCUUUGAUAUCUGGUUUGAACUGUAGAAACUAUCCACUGAACUACAAGCAAUCCGGAGGCACGAACUUUGUGAAGAAAUAUUUUGGCCAUCGAGUAGUUAGGUAUCAUGACGUGAAAGCAAUGGUUCAGGAGGGAAUGGAACCUGGUCGUGAUAGGUUGAAGCUGCUGGUCUUGUAUUUUCUAUCGAGUGUUAUAGUUGGGCAAAGAAGGGCCGGUGAAGAUGCCCCUCCCGUGGAGCCAUUCUUGCUUAGAGCAGUUGAUGAUCUCAACUUAUGCAAAACAUUCCCUUGGGGUAGAUUGUCGUUUGAUUACAUGCUUAGACAGAUUUCUAACACUAUGAGCCAUUUUGAUGGGGAGGUGAAAGAAGGUGUGAUUUGGCCAGUUCCCGGAUUCUGUCUUCCAAUGGAGUUCUUAGCAUUUGAGGCCAUCGAGAAAUUGGGGGAGAAAUUCCGAGAGCGAGUACCAGAUGAAGACGUACACCCAACAUGUCCAAGGAUGUGCCGAUCAAUGUUCAAGAGAAGUGAAAUGAAGGGAUUUCCACUAGAGAAAAUAAAUAAAGCACUCGGUGAUACUACGGACAUUGAGAACAUCUUGGCUUGUACCGACGAAGACAAGACUCUACUAGAUGGGAUAACAGAACCAGAAGACAUCAGAGAUAAGGAUGACACGAUUGUGGAGAGUUGGAUGAAGGUGGUGGAGAGGGGUUAUGUUGUUAGGUUUGAAGAUAUGUUGAAGGAAGAUGUGGCUGCUAGACAAGCCCCUCCCCCUGAGCCUCAGAUUGGAAACGACACAGAAGCUACCAAUGAAGCAGGAGGGAACAGCGUCAAGCUAGAUGAAUUGGUGCAAGUCAUUAACAGCUUCAAAGAAGAUAUUGGAGGGCGGAUGACGAAGAUUGAGGAAAAGGUUGGGGAGAUUGACUCAAGACUCGCUGCAUCGGAAGGUUUUGUUCAAGAGCUCUUAGAUGGUAGGAAUGUGAAUGCGGAUAUGGAGGAGGAACAACAGGGCGUCUCGAAGAGGUCAAGGAACAAGACAAAGGACAUCACUUCCAGGGCAAAGAAGAAGUCAAAGAAAAACUGAUCAAUUGCUUUUGUUGUUUGUUAUGAACUUAUGUUGCUUAUGUGUGUUCUAAAACAUGUUGCUUUUGUUUGCUUUUGGAACUAGGUGUUCUAAAACUUUGUUUGCUUUUUGGAACGAGUAAGAGAAGGUGUGUACUAAAC